AUGACUAUAAACAACGGAAUAGUCAACACUAUAAAUAGGUUCAUUGCAGAAUCCUUAAAAAGAGACUUUCCUGAUCUACAAUUAAAUGAUCAAGAAAGGUCUCAUAUUUCUAGCAAGCACACAGUAUCUAAUGAUGAUAGCGAACUUUUAGAUGAGGAACCCAAUAAAUCUUCUGAUCUACAACCUGAAGAAGAUGGCGAAUUUGAUGAAGACAAGUUCUUAAAAGAACUUAUUACUGUAAAGAAAGUCAUAAAUCCAAUUGUUGAAAAACUUCUGAAAUAUAGUAAAGGUAUCGCAAGAUAUAAAAUAAUUUUUUUACCCAAAGAUAAUAAACAAGAUCCUCAAUACAACCAAGAAAAUGAUGAUAUUUACAAUAAUUUUUCUUUAGGUAAAAGCAAAAAUAACUAG